AAAUUAUAAUACUCCGGUUCCUCGUCUUCGUUCCAUUUUUAUCCAUAACCAUAAGCCCUAUAUACUCACUGCAAGUGCAGCUCAAAAAGCUCCUCCAUUUCUCAAUUCUUUCUUAUAAGCACUUAACAAAUUAUGCUGCUUUAAUCUUCAAGGUUUUGGUUGCUAGCAUCGGCUUCUCGACUCCCUUCUCGAUGUGGCUCGACUUAUCCUACUAAACCUCAGAGUUGCAUUACUAUCGUAAUUGAGCAUUUCAUUUAAGAUAUCUAAAGAUUGUAGAACUCUUUCCUAUUCCAUUAUAUUGUAUUGUCGGCUUAAGAGCUUUAUUACCAAGGAAUUUUGUAUCAUUACUUUAGAGAACCUUUAAGCAUACUUGAGAGAACUAUUCUGGAGUCUUGAAACUGGUGCAAGGUGGUGGAUCGGUGCUGCUGACUUACUUUAGGAAACCAAUGUCUUCUCUAAUCUUCACACCCUCAGUAGCCCCAUCCUCACUUGGGAACAAACAGAAGGUACACACUUUGGUAUAUCAGAAAAACUUUUCAUCAAGUCCGAGCAUUUCCAUUUUCCAUUACAAAUGUUCGUGGGCUAGUAUGUUAAGUGUAUCUAAUAAGAAUAACUCACGUAGUAUCCCUAACAAUCAGAAGUUCACUGAUGUAUCUUUGGGUUGGGAUGAUCUGGAGGAAGAAAACCCUGAAGAUAUGGAGUCACCAUGGGAAGGUGCAAUUAUUUACAAGAGAAACCCUUCAGUUUCACACAUAGAGUACUGUACAACCUUGGAAAGGCUUGGAUUAGGAAAAGUUUCCACUGAGGUUUCAAAAUCAAGGGCUUCAGUUAUGGGAUUGCGUGUUACUAAAGCUGUGAAGGAUUUCCCACUUGGAACUCCUGUUCAGAUCUCCAUUGAUGUGACAAGGAAGAAGCAAAAGUUGAGGCUUGAUGGAAUCAUCAAGACCGUCCUCACUCUAACUUGCAACAGGUGUGGUGUGCCGACUGCUGGGAGCAUUUACUCCAACUUCUCUCUUUUACUAAGUGAGGAACAAAUUGAAGAACCAGAGAUUGUCGAUAUGGGAAUGAUCUUCGGUGAAGAUAAAUUUGAGUCUUCUGCAGCAAGUGGCUAUGAAGAAGAGGAUGACGAUGAUGCUUCAAUUGAUUGGGAUGAUAGGUUUUAUUUUCCUCCUGUAGAAAAGGAAAUUGAUAUUUCGAAGAACAUAAGAGACUUGGUACAUAUAGAAAUUGCAGACAAUGCAAUAUGUGAUGCAAGUUGCAAAGGUGUGUGCCUGAAUUGUGGUACAAAUCUGAACACGAGUAGUUGCAGCUGUAGCAAAGAGAAGAACAAAGAGAAAGGUUAUGGCCCUCUUAAAGAUUUAAAGAAACAAAUGCAGCCAAAAGGUUAAGCUUAAUUGCACAUCAUGUAUACCUAUAAACACCUUUUUCCUGUUCUGUUUUAUCAUUUUAUAUUUUUUAAUCAUAUUUCAUCAUUUUCUUUUGCUUAGCUGUAAGUGAAGAAGAUUAUUGGAAUAGGGUUUUAUCCUACUUUGAUAUUGCUCUUUGAAUGUUCUGGACAAGAAUCUGCAGUGCUUGUAUUUGAAUUGAGCAGACCAUAAUAAACAAGAUCCUUAACAACAAAA